AAAUCAUAUGCUGUGGCGGUAAGCGCCGCUGUAAAUGCUUCUCGUCUCGUCUCACUCUGGUUUUGCCCUAGACUUUUCUAGACUUCUCUGCCUCCGAUCAUCUCCUGCGAUGACCAAGGAUCAGUCGCUCUUCGUGAAGGACACUGUUCACAGACUCCAACUUUCGUUGCUUGAAGGAAUCCAAACUGAAGACCAGCUAUUCGCGGCUGGAUCGCUGAUUUCUCGUGCCGACUACGAAGAUGUUGUGUCGGAGCAAUCAAUCGUAGGUAGGUGUGGUUACCCUCUAUGCGCCAAUACUCUGCCCUCCGAUCGUCCCCGAAAGGGUCGGUAUCGAAUAUCGUUGAAGGAGCACAAGGUUUACGAUCUUGAAGAGACGUAUAUGUAUUGUUCUUCCAGUUGUGUGGUUAACAGUCGAGCUUUUGCUGGGAGUUUGCAAAGUGAGAGAUGCUCGGUUUUGGAUUCCGCGAAACUUGAUCAGCUUCUACGGUUGUUUGGCAAUUUGGGGUUGGAGUCCGAGGAGGAGGGUUUGGGGAAGAAUGGGGAUUUAGGGUUGUCUGGUUUGAAGAUUCAAGAGAAAACUGAUAUCAAGGAUGGGAAAAUGUCUUUGGAAGAGUGGAUUGGUCCCUCUAAUGCGAUUGAAGGCUAUGUUCCUCAUAGAUAUCGUGGUUUUGAAGCUUCAACUUCAAAAAAUUUCAGAGAAGGGUUUAAUGCUAAAGCUAAAGAUAAGAAGCCAAGUUGGAAAGAGGAUUUUAUUAUCAACGAAACAGAUUUCAUGAGUGCCAUAAUCACCAGUGAUGAAUAUAGCAUUUCAAAAACCUCUGCAGGCACAAUGGAAUCUGGUUUAAGUACAAAAUUGGAAGAACCAAAAGGAACACAAACACGCAAGGAUGUAAAGAAGGAUUCUGAUAAUAGUUCUAGGAGUAAAAUUGUCCAAAAAAAUCUCCGUAGUUCCUUGGAUGUGCCUUCUACUUCAAACUCCAGGCCAAGUGGUUCCAAUAUAAGGAAUGCUGAUGGUGAAAAGGAAUCAAAUGAUCUGAAACUAGCCAAGGUUAAUGAGACCUUGGUCAAACCCUCUCUUAAAUCUUCUACUGCAAAGAAAAAUGGUCGUACUGUUACUUGGGCUGAUGGGAAAGCUGGGAGUAGAAAUCUGUGCGAGAUUAAGGAAAUAGAGGAUACAACAGCAGCAACUGCCCGUUCAGAUAUUGCAGAUAUGAAAGAUGAUGAAUAUGCAUUGCGUUUUGUGUCAGCAGAAGCCUGUGCAAUGGCAUUGACCAAGGCUGCUGAAGCUGUUGCUUCUGGAUAUCCAGAUGUCUCUGAAGCUGUGUCUGGAGCUGGCAUUGCUAUAUUACCAUACCCGCAUGAGGUGGAGAAAGAUGAAUCUAUGGAGGAGGCUGAUAUAUGUCAACCUACUUCUGAUUCUCUAAAGUGUCCAAGCAAUCAAGGUGAUCCACAUUCUGAUCUUUUUGAGUCUGAGGAUUCAUUUUAUGAUUCACUACCAGAGGGGUUCAGCUUGACGUUAUCUCCUUUUGCAACAAUGUGGAAUGCACUCUUUGGAUGGAUGACGUCAUCUUCAUUGGCAUACAUAUAUGGGAGGGAUGAAUGUUUCCAUGAAGAAUUUUUAUCAGUUAAUGGAAGGGAGUAUCCUCAAAAGAUUGUCUUGGGAGAUGGUCGGUCUACUGAAAUCAAGUUAGCUCUUGAUGGCUGUCUUAAUCGGGUUUUGCCUGUUAUUAUUGCUAAUCUCAGGCUGCCGAAACAUGAUCUGGAGAAAGCAAUGGGGCACUUGUUGAAUACAAUGUCAUUUACCGAAUCACUUCCAGCAUUCAGAAUGAAACAGUGGCAAGUCAUUACUCUUCUAUUCAUCGAAGCACUUUCUGUGUAUAGGAUUCCGGAACUUACUUCAUACAUGGCUAAUAGGAGGAUUGUGCUUCAAAAGGUGUUGGAAGAUGCACAGAUGGGCAUGGAGGAGUAUGAAAUCAUGAAGGAUCUCAUGAUACCUCUCGGACGAGUACCAGAUUUCUCGAUGUAUAGAGGUGCUUGAUGUGGUAUCCGGUAGUCAUGAAACAGAUGGCAUAUCACGUCGUGGUUCUCGUUGAAAUGGUAGAGACUGAGAAUGGUUCAUUUACAUGGUAGAGGGAACAUAAUUUGCACAGUUUCAGUUUUGAACAUCAUUCUCAGGAUGUGCAGAAAUUACCAAAAGUUGCUUAGGACGGCCUUGCACUUGUGAUUGAAAUAUAGAACUACGAUUCCAGUUUAUGAAGUUGAAAUUUGGACUUCUAAGUCAA